UCCAACGUUCCUCAGUAAUUUAAUCCGCUCCGUGUAGCUCAGCCUGAGGUGUGUUGCUCUGUACACUUCUCACAGAUGGAGUCAACUGCAAGUUCCAAAUCCUCCACAGCAGUCUUCCUCCUUCCCAUCCUCUUCUUCUUCCUCCUCAAUGUCUCUGCUUCUUCCAAUCCCAUCACUUCCUUCCCAAAACAAGCCUUGCCCACAAAAUCGGGCUACCUCCCUGUUAACUCCACCUCCAAAUCCGCCAUUUUCUAUGCUUUCUAUGAAGCCCAGAACCUCACUACAUCUCUCUCCCAAACCCCAGUUCUCAUAUGGCUCCAAGGCGGCCCUGGCUGUUCCUCCAUGAUUGGCAACUUCUUCGAGCUUGGUCCGUGGCGCGUCACCAAAUCCCUCAAUCUCGCCCCCAAUCCUGGCUCUUGGAACAGAAUCUUCGGCCUCCUUUUCCUCGAUAGCCCAGUCGGAGCCGGAUUCAGUGUCGCUUCAAACCCCGAGGAAAUCCCCAGAGACCAGAAAUCCGUAGCCAAGCACCUCUUCGCUGCCAUAACCAAGUUCAUUCAGCUUAACCCUGCUUUCAAGUAUCGCCCAAUUUAUAUAACCGGCGAAAGUUAUGCUGGGAAGUAUGUUCCUGCGAUUGGGUAUUACAUAUUACACAGGAAUUCUCGAUUGAAUGUUUCACAGAGAGUGAAUUUGGCAGGUGUGGCUAUUGGGGAUGGGUUAACACAUCCUAUAGUACAAGUUGCCACUCAUGCUCUGAAUGCUUACUAUGUGGGGCUGAUCAAUGAGAGGCAGAAGAAUGAAUUGGAGGAGGCUCAAUUGGAAGCCGUCAGAUUGACCAAAUUAGGGAAUUGGAGUGCAGCAACAGAUGCCAGAAGCAAUGCUUUGAGACUGUUACAAAACAUGACAGGGUUGGCUACUUUAUAUGACUACACAAGGAAAGCUCCAUAUGAGGAUGAUUUGGUAGCUGAGUUCUUGAAAUCCAGCGAGGUGAAGAAGGCGUUGGGGGUGAAUGAAUCUAUUGUGUUUGAAGGAUGUAGUGAUACUGUAGGAAUUGCAAUGAAAGAAGAUAUUAUGAAGAGUGUGAAGUACAUGGUGGAAUACUUGGUGACAAAAACCAGAGUGCUUUUGUACCAAGGCCAGUAUGAUCUGAGAGAUGGUGUGGUUCAAGUGGAAGCAUGGGUGAAGAGAAUGAAAUGGGAAGGGAUUGAGAAGUAUUUGAAUGCGGAUAGGAAGAUCUGGAAAGUGAAUGGUGAGAUUGCUGGGUAUGUUCAAAAAUGGCAGAGCCUUACUAAUGUUGUUGUUUUAGGAGCUGGCCAUCUUUUGCCUGCUGAUCAAUCUGUGAACUCUCAAGCCAUGAUUGAGAACUGGGUUUUGCAGAAGGAUUUGUUUGAGAACAAUGAUCAACAGGAGAAUGUGCCUCUAAGUUUUUGAGAUUUAGUUUGAAAUCAUGUGACACCUGAAUAGAGGAGCUUUGCUCCUAUCAUGCCCGACUCAAAAGUUGAAAUAAAUUCAGCAUUAUGUUGUGUUCUGUGGUGAUUGGUAUAUUGGUAUUAGUGCUUUAGCCAUAGUUGUUCUGUUGUUGUAAAGCUGGUGAAAUGGAAUCGCGAGGUUUUGACCCUUCAUUGUUGGAAUGACACCGCAUAGCUAAUAAAUAAAGUCGACUUGCUUACUUGAAAA